AUGCAGGAAGGAUUUGACAAGUUUAUCGAGAUCAUGGAAGGCGGUUUUAGAGAACCAUUUGCGCUUUCCCUGCAUUCUGAGCUAUACACGAACUGCUAUGCGAUGUGUACGCAGAAGGCACCGAAUAAUUAUGCAGAUCAACUCUAUCAGAAAUACGGAAUGAUCUAUGAAACCUACCUGCAUGCAACUGUCCUCCCAGCUAUCAAAUCAAAAAAGGGAGAGGCUAUGCUGCACGAAUUUGCCAAAAGGUGGAAGAAUCACAAGCUCCUUGUCCGACAGAUGUGGAAGCUGUUUGUGUAUCUGGACCGCUUCUACAUUAAACGCAUAAGCGGUCUGCCUCUUAAAGCAGUGGGUGUUCAAAAGUUUGAGCAGGUUGUGUUCAAUGCAGUCAAAGAAGAUGUACGAGCAGGCAUCUUGGGAAUGAUUGAGAAAGAAAGGGAAGGCGAAGACGUAGAUCGAGAACUUCUCAAGUCUGUUGUAAAUGUAAAGUUGGGGGACAUUGGCGCAGCAAGAUUCAAUGUUUACAACAAAGAGUUGGAGCAAAACCUACUGGCUACCACCAGUGAGUUUUAUGCAAGAGAAAGUGCCCAAUGGAUUGCAACAGACAGUUGUCCAGAGUACAUGAAGAAGGCCGAAAACAGGUUGCAGCAAGAAGUGGAGAGGGUGCACGCGUAUCUUCACAGUGUCAGUGAAGAAAAGCUUCUGAAGGAAUGUGAGAACCAGCUGCUUGCUGUACACCAAACUGCCUUGUUGGACAAAGAAGAGACUGGUUGCAGAGCUCUUCUUCGUGAAGGAAAGACUGAAGAUCUUGCAAGAAUGUACAAAUUGUUUACAAGGUUACCAAAUAGUCCGGAUUGUGGCCUACAGCCAAUCAGUCAAAUCGUGCGAGAGCAUAUUGUAGAUGUCGGAAUGAGCUUGGUCAGGAAGCAAGAGGGAGAAAAGGAUCACUCAAACUAUGCGCAGCAGUUGAUUGAACUUCAUGAUCAGUACUUGGCCUUGGUGAAUGGACCCUUUGGCAACAAUACCCUUUUUCAGAAGGUCUUGAAAGAGGCCUUUGAAGUUUUCGUGAACAAGGACAUUGGCUCGACCACAACCGCGGAGCUUUUGUCUUCUUUCUGUGACAACAUUAUGAAGACUGGUGGAGACAAGAUAGAAGGAGAGAUCGAUUCUAUUCUUGACAAGAUUGUGAUGCUCUUCUCCUACCUGAGUGAUAAGGACAUGUUUGCUGAGUACUACAGAAAACAACUAGCGAAGAGAUUGCUCCUCAAUCGCAGUGCAUCGGAUGAUGACGAGAGAAGUUUGAUCACCAAGCUGAAGUAUCGAUGCGGUGCACAAUUCACCUCCAAGCUGGAGGGAAUGCUUACAGAUAUGAAUGUUUCUAAGGAUGGGCAGAAUAACUUCACGCAAUGGAUGAAAAAUAAUGAUAUCAACCUAGGAAUGGAAUGCUCUGUUACAGUGCUCACAACCGGAUUCUGGCCCACUUACAAAGUUGACGAAGUCAACCUGCCAAACGAGCUUGUCAAGUGUGUGGAUAAGUUCACCCAAUUCUACGAAUCCAGAACAUCUCAUCGCAAGUUGAAGUGGAUUCAUACCCUUGGAACAUGUGUAGUAUUGGGCAGAUUUGACCCAAAACCGAUCGAUUUGGUUAUUUCUACUUACCAAGCAUGUAUUUUAAUGCUGUACAAUCAGCAAGAGGAAUACACAACUCAGGAGAUUGCGAACGCGACCAAGCUUCCCAUGGAAGAGCUAAAGAAGUAUCUUCAGACAUUAGCCUUGAGCAAGUACCAAAUUCUCACCAAAACCCCUAAGGGCAAGGAGAUAGCAGAUUCCGAUGUGUUCACUUUCAAUCGCAAGUUCACAGAUCGUCAGAGGAAGAUCAAGAUGUCGCUCCUUGUUACCAAGGAUGAGAAGUUGUCGACAAAGCAAACUGUUGACGAGGAUAGGAAACAUGCUGUGGAGGCGUCCAUCGUCCGUGUGAUGAAGGCGAGGAAGACGAUGGCACACCAGCAGCUGGUGAUGGAAGUCUCCCAACAGCUCAUGAAGCUGUUCAAACCCGAUCCCAAGGUGAUCAAGAAUCGCAUUGAGAGUCUCAUCUCCAGAGAGUACUUGGAGCGUGACAAAGACAACAACGGCGUUUAUAAAUAUCUCGCUUAA